AUGCCCGAUUCCUCCCGCACGCUUGGUGAUAUCGACGAGAUCGAUAGCGGGGAGCUAAGGACACAGCUAAAGAACUGGAUCGAGCAGGAGGGCAUCGAGACAAACAUUCAGUUGCAGAUGAAGAAAAAUUUAAUUGAGAAAAUGAGCCGCACUGCGUUGGGCAAGAAAAUAGCUCUUAAAUUACAAACGCAGCAAGGAAUCGUGCUUUCCCCGCUGGUGCUCGUACUCAACACGCUCGUGGCAGAGUUUCUCUAUACGCAGAACUGCCACUUUUCGCUGUCCAUUUUCACCAACGAGGUUCCGUUUAAAAAUACACUACCGGACUUUACCCGUUCCUCCAAGUUUCGGUUAAAUCGUGCAGAGUUGGGCGAAAUCUUUGAAGCGCUCGGCAUUGAACACUACGAUGGGUUGGUGCAAAAGUACGAAAAGUUUGGCACAGACCAUGGCAGCCGUUCGCUUCUGUACAUCGUGUUCAAGACAAUUCUCUCAGCGGUAAAGACCCAGGAAGGUAAGCUGCGCCGACUACAGCGUUUGGAUAAGCGGAAACAAUCCGCCCGAACAUUGUUUAAGCAACUGGAAGUGGAAAAGCUACACAAAAAUGUGGAAAAGCUCCUUCACCGGGUAAAAGCCGUUGGGAAAUCGAUUGUCGAACUGGAAAAGAGUCAGCAACAACCAAACGAAACUGAUCCGAAAGACGUUCAGCAGACGAAUCGCGACGAAAAGGUGAAACCUGACGACGAGCAAUCAGCCCGCUCGCUGCGUGUUUGUUCGGAAAAUGUGUCCAAGCUUGUGGAACGGUUAGAAGCGUGUACGAACAUGUUCGAACAGCUAAUCGAAACUGUUCGCCACCAACGGAACGAAGAUGCCGAGGAUAAGCUUGAAGAUGAAGAAGAAAACGUCAAGGAACUGGACGAGCAACGUGAAUAUAAGCGGAAAGAAAAACGAAAAACUUACACCGAGUUCCUGCAUGAACUGAAAUCGACCGAACACGGUAAAAAAUAUGUUGCGAAACUGCAGAAACAAGUUGCCAAACUGUUGGACAAAGAAAAACAACAAAUGGAAGAGAAGUACCGAAAAGAGUUAAGCAAACUCGAGUUACAACAUGAAGAAAGGCUAGCGAAAGCACUAGUCACAAAACGAGCGGCCACGUCCCCGUUACCUCCGCCACAAUCUGACAACUGUGCCGUCUCCGUGUUACAGCACAUUGACUCGAGAAGCGAGGAAAGUCAGCACUUUAUGCGAAAAAUAGAUGAAAAGCUUGACCAGCUGUAUCGCCAGGAACGAAACGUGGAUGACAAAUUGGCCACGCUUCGGUACGACCUGCAACGCCAGGAGCAAAGGCAAAGUCAUUACUUCGAAUCGCUGAAGGCGGCCAAAACGAAGGAAAGCAAACUGCAGGUACUGCACAAUGUGGAGAAAGAACUGAUGGCAACGUUCGAGGAUGAAACAAAUACUAUCAUUCAGAAUGCAAAGCAAACAAUUGAACAGCUGGAGAAAGAGAGUGAUAAGAUUAAUCAUUCUUUCCAGCGAUAUUUGCGUAAGCAGCGUGAAGACAAACGGAAGCUUAUUGAUGAGAAAGUCCAAAUAUGGACCCGGUACAAUGAUGAAAAGUUGGAAUUGAAUCAACAGGAGCUUUUAAAUGGGACAGUAGAGGUAUCUCCAAAAGAGCCCGAAGUUGCCACCAUCAUUCCAGAAGUUAAUGUACCCAUUCAACUGCCCGAAAGGGACACCCCAUUUGAGAACCCUUUCCGAUCGUUCGAUCCACUCAAGUAUCUGAAACGAGGACGCCCAGCUGAAAGUCACAUGGUGGAUGUUGGUACUGGUACAAUUUCCAAUACAGGCAUUCAAACAUCGCAAGAAGAAGAACCGGUUCAGGAAGUAGCAACGGAGCAACCAAUUCCCAUGCCACGAACCAACGGUAAUGCUCAGCUUUCUGAUGCAUUAGCCAAAGAUACACGCGAGCUACGUAAAAGCAUUGAAGAAAAUCUUCAAAAGUUGGAUCAAAUGAGCCGUACAUACUCCAAAUCUCAAAGCUCAUCCGACAAGCGUACGUUUGAUAUUGUGCCUCAGAAUCCACCAACGCAGCCGUUACAAACGGUCGAACCAACAUCGAACAGAAGCUUAGAUGAUUGCUCCAGCACAGAAUUGGGUUUAUCCGAUGGUGAAAUUGUGCUCCCAGUUGUCGCUGCACAAACUCUCCAAAUGCAAACGAAACUGUACGCUUCGCAGGAACAAGUCGAUCACAGUAACGGCCAUCAACACGUCCCAAAUAAACAAACUAAUGGUCAGCAGGCAAAAACGAAUCCGCCUCAAGCUGCAAGCUACAGUGAUUUGUCCAUCAGCAGCAUUAGCGGCGUAAGCAAACUAUCCUAUGAAAAGAGCCAAAGUUUCGAUGGCGAACUGGAUCGCAUUUCUACCGGUGUUCGUUCGAAUGCAUCGCAAAACAGCUGGUCGUAA